GCUACCGGCGACUCGUUUUUCAUCUCCUUCUCUUUCUAACGACCUCGUAUAAACGGACAUAGUCGGCCUCGCCGUCGGCCUAACAUCCCUCUCCACUUCGUAUAAGCAAGCGGCGACCGCACAUGAGGCGAUGAUCUGUUGCCCUAGCGUCGAAUCUACGAAUUCUCUCUCUAAAAGAGGCAGGUGUUAGGCUGAGAAAAGAUAAUGAAUUCGAAUCAGCAGAGGAGCUCCGAUUUGGAUCUGGUAAUCUUCCGUUGAGGAAGAUGAGAGGCAGGCGGGCUGACGACGCCUCCAUGAAGGAUCGACGCCGUCGAGACGGCGGUGGAGGCGGGAAAUUUUCGAGAUCGUCGAGCUCCUUCACUUUUUCUUUUGCUCUUUUCCUCCUCUGCGUCGCCCUCUGUUCCGUUGUUGCCUUAUCCACUUUCCGACUUAUCGGAGUGUCCUUCCGACCCGUUCUGCUUCCCACAUGGAGGAACCCUACCAUGAACGCCAUCUCUGGUGAAUACCCUCUUUCUCGGCGAGACCUUAGAGCUUCUAAUUCAAAUUUAACUCCGGCCGGCCUACGCAUCGAGGAGGCAGUCACCUUCCCUGACUUCGUCCUCCUCUUUCUGAAACCCCAAUCAUAUGGCGCCAUAGCAAAUCUCCGUUGCAUCUAUUUCCUUUCUCAAUCCGCUGAGUCGCAUCUCAGCCUCCCUGCUCUCUCAUCCUCUUCCGCCAGCUCUUGCGUCCGCUGCCCUCUCCCUCUCAAAGCCGACGUCUUUAACAUCUCCCUCUCCGAAACCUCCCUGCCCCAGCUUCCUCCCAUUCUUCCCCUCCGCUCAGACCAUCUCGCCUACGCUUCAGUCCUCGAUACCAGAGACAACACCACUGUCAUCUUCGCCAAGGGCCACAACCUCCGCGCUGCUCGCCUCUCUAACCCUAACAGCUUUGAGUGCAUCUUUGGCUGGGAUUUCUCUCACCCCAAGUUCUCUCUAUCCUCCGAGGUACUCUCGGCUGCCCAGGAGAUUUUCCGCUGCCGCACUCCUCUCAGCAUCCUCCAACGCCGCCACAAUUCCCCUUCCAUCUUUCCAUUUGUGUCUGUCAGGUUCAAGGGCCAUGGAAGCAUUCCUCUCCCCUCCAUUGCCCGACCCGAAACCUUCUCCUCACCUCCAAUGCCAAAGCGACCACCCAAGGCUCACUUGAUGUGUGUCUGCACCAUGCUUCGCAACCAGGCAAGGUUUCUCCAAGAGUGGAUUAUCUACCACUCACGCAUCGGCGUCGAGCGGUGGUUCAUCUAUGAUAACAACAGCGAUGAUGACCUUGAGCAGGUUGUGCAAGGGCUUUUCACCCAGUGGAGGAUUAUGAUCAGCCUCCAUGAGUGGCCAUGGUUGAAGACCCAAGAGGCUGGUUUUGCUCACUGUGCCCUGCGUGCCCGGGAAUCCUGCAAAUGGGUGGGAUUCAUUGAUGUAGACGAAUUCCUUUACUUCCCUUCGAAUUUUAAGCUGCAUGAUGUGUUGAGGAACUACUCGAGAUCUCCAUCAAUAGCAGAGCUCCGCACAACUUGCCAUAGCUUUGGGCCGUCAGGUAGGAAGACCGCUCCUCCUGAGGGUGUCAUGGUUGGUUACAGUUGUCGUAUUUCCCCGCCGGAGCGGCACAAAUCAAUCAUCAGGCCAGAAGCUUUGAACCCCUCCCUGAUCAAUGUUGUCCACCAUUUUCAUCUCAAAGAUGGAAUGAAGUUUGUGAACAUGGAUGUGCGGGUUAUGGUGAUCAACCAUUAUAAGUAUCAGGUAUGGGAGGUGUUCAAGGAGAAGUUCCACCGGAGAGUGGCAACAUAUGUGGCUGAUUGGCAGGAAGAUGAGAAUGUGGGAUCAAAAGACAGGGCACCAGGAUUAGGAACUAAAGCGGUGGAGCCAUCGGAUUGGGCAAACCGAUUCUGCGAGGUGAAUGACACUGGUCUAAGGAAUUGGGUGUUGCAGGCCUUUGUUGAUCCUAACACUGGCCAUCUCCCAUGGUAGUUGGGGCAUGGCUUAUAUUCUUUCUUGUUCAUCAGACUUUGCAAUACAAACUUGUAGAAGAGACACAGGGGAGGAGAAUACAGGCACAAUGAGGAGGUGAGGUUGCUCCAAUUUCUUUUUUUUGGCCCUUUUUUGUCAUUGAAGUUUUUUGUUUUUUUAAUGAUUUUUGUAAUUAGUGGGACACAGAGGCAAAUGAUUCUUUUUGUAGAUAGUUACAUAAGGUGAAUCCUUCUUGACAGGAAAGUUUAGAUUGGGAUGAAUUGAAAGGGAAUUUGGGCUUGGAGUUUUGCACUUUGAUAUGAAGCCAUCUUGAAUGUUCAUCUUUUUAA